AUGGGAUACCAACUGGAUUUUUGCUGUUGCGGGUGGUGGGAGCAAAAACCUAAGAUUCUGAGCUUAAGGCGUGUAAUAUUUUAUUCAGAUAUGGUUUGUUUAUCCCUCUACCUGCCUCGUUACCUUCGCGUCAAACUUUUUUAUGUUGAUGCCAUAAAGGAUACUUUAGAUAACGACGAGCAGAAGGUUGGAGCAGAUAUUGUUAAGAGAGCAUUGAGUUAUCCAAUGAAGUUAAUUGCUAAGAAUGCAGGGGUGAAUGGAAGUGUUGUUAUAGAGAAGGUGUUGGCAAAUGAUAAUUCCAAGUUUGGUUACAAUGCUGCAACUGGAAAAUACGAGGAUCUAAUGGCUGCCGGCAUAAUUGAUCCCACAAAGGUUGUAAGAUGUUGCCUGGAGCAUGCAGCAUCCGUGGCAAGGACAUUCCUCACAUCUGAUGCUGUAGUAGUCGACAUCAAGGAACCUGAACCCAUACCUGCUGGAAAUCCCAUGGGCAAUUCAGGUUAUGGUUACUAGUUGCUGCAGCAUCUGUGGGAAUUGAAACAGUUGGAUGAUAAAAUCCCACAAUGUCUUUUUCACCGGCUUGAUUUAAUUUAUGUUUCGAGGGGUCAUAAAAAAUGUUGGCAGUUUUCAGUAUUGGGAAUGCUUAGUUGAUUUUGAAUAGAAUCCUGAGAUGUCGUAGCCUUCGUAUUUUUCUUGCAGUAGUUGUCGUCACUGGCAAAAUCUAGCUAGUGGUACGAUAAGAGCAAAGGUGCGGGGCGAAUAAUUUUAUUGUCUCUGUAUUUCUGUAUCUGUAAGUUGCACUGGAAAAUGAUUGUUGUCAAUAAAUGGGAAUAAUUUGCUUGAGAAGAGAGUA